AAGGGUUACACGUGUAUUAUCUGGAAUCUUCUUUACCUUAUCCAUUUGGAGUGAUGUGGCGCUUCUUACAGUGUUGUUGACGUGGCGAUAGUUUAUGUGGCCUUUGAUUCAGCGAAAUGCCUAAGUCCAUAUAAUGCUGGUAAGAUCCCUAGCUCCUGGAGGUCAAAGCUCGGGAGCUCGCGCUCAUUAUUGGAGGCUUUAUCUCUGGUCUUCAGUCAUAAAUUUCCCGGAAAGUCACUUUUCUGGGCAUACCCGGUCGGUGAUAGGAACCACAUGAAGGACUUGAGCUUUGUAGGGGUGACAACCGAGCAUUUGAAGAGUCUCGAGAGCAUAAAUGAAUUAUUUGAAGACCCCGGGAACCAAGCGGAGCAUAAGGAAGCAAGAAACGAAGAUGUCGGAGGUGUUUCGGGGAAGGCAGCCUCAAGAACGCCUAAGGGAACGUCGUUUCACCUAGCGUUCCCCCGUUUUGUUCCUCCGGAUUUGGAAUUUCAUGUCCCAGGUGUGGGAACGCUAGAAGGGGACGUCGUUCCUGUAAUCGUUCCUGCGAGAACGACGUUCCUCUUCCAUUCCUCCCAGAGUCGAACUUUCUACCAACUGACUGCUUUAUUUUGUUAAGGGUAGGAACGCCGCGGUGGAACGUCAUUCCUCCCUGGCGUUCCCCCGAUUCCCCAUUUGUAUAAAUAGCGGCCCUUGUUCGAAAUUUCAUAGUUUUUGGACGAGAAUUAUCUUGCAAACCCUAGUUUUGGUUGUAAGCUUCCUUAAACUCUUGUGCAUUGAAUUCCUAAGCUUUAUUUACAUCAAAUGCUUGUUCUUCU